GGACAGAUCGGGAAGGAAAAGUUUUUCAAAAGUUUCAGGAGGUUAUCCGAGAAUCACAGCAGCCGUGGCCGAGCUGCGGAGGAUAAUACGGGAUUGGGACCUAACGCUACGCUUUCCGGCUGACUUUAUGAAAAAAAACCCAACGAUUUUGGAGCCUUUAUUUUUAUGUGAACUUUAUAAAGGAUGUAUUUCUACUAAAAGCCCAACUUGAAACGCUGGAAACUUUUCCACCGAAAUGGAAGGGAAUAUUCCAUGGAUUAUUUUGUCAUUUUUAUUGUUCAUGCACAUUUGUGACGGAUUCCGUUGCGUGGAUAAAUACAGACCUUGUGAAAAUGGAGGGACAUGCUUAGAUUCGUCCUCUCGGUGCAUAUGUCGUCCCGGAUUCAUUGGUCCUCUCUGUCAGCACCUGGAUCCCUGUCAUCGAUCGCCAUGUCUGAACGGAGCAGCUUGCAAGAGCCAAGUGGUCAAUGGAAUCCCACAAUACACCUGUGUGUGCCAGAGAGGGUUCAGAGGCCAAGACUGCUCCCUCAUUGAUGCCUGUGCCACAAGCCCCUGUGCCAACGGGGCCCGUUGUGCCAAUUGGAAUAACCACUACAACUGUUCCUGCCCACCUGGCUUCCAGGGAAAGAACUGCCGCAAUGACAUUGAUGAGUGCCGCAAGCCUUCCGUGUGCCUCAAUGGUGGCCUCUGCAUGAACACCCAUGGGUCCUUCCGCUGCCAGUGCCAACCUGGAUAUAGCGGGCGCACAUGUGAGGUGUCCACCCUUCCCUGUGCCCCAUCUCAGUGUGUUAAUGGGGGCACCUGUCGACAGACUAGUGACCAUUCCUACGAGUGUGCUUGCCUGCCAGGGUUUGAGGGACACAACUGUGAGAAUAAUGUUGAUGACUGUCCAAGUCAUAAGUGUCUUAAUGGUGGGAUAUGUGUGGACGGAGUCAACACCUACAAUUGCCAGUGCCCACCAGAGUGGACAGGGCAAUACUGUGCUGAGGAUGUCAACGAGUGUCUCAUGCAACCAAACGCCUGCCAUAAUGGGGGUACUUGCUUCAACACCAUUGGUGGUCAUACCUGUGUUUGCGUUAAUGGUUGGACGGGAGAUGACUGCAGUGAGAACAUUGAUGACUGCGCCAUAGCAGUUUGCUUCAAUGGUGCCACCUGCCAUGACCGUGUAGCAUCUUUCUUCUGCGAGUGCCCAGUUGGCAAGACAGGUUUGCUGUGCCACCUUGAUGAUGCGUGUGUGAGUAAUCCCUGCAAUGAGGGCGCAGUGUGUGACACCAACCCCCUUAACGGCCGCGCCAUUUGCACAUGUCCUGCUGGCUUUGUAGGAGGUGCCUGCAACCAGGACAUGGAUGAGUGUUCAAUUGGUGCAAACCCAUGUGAGCAUUUUGGGAAAUGUGUGAACACAGAGGGCUCCUUCCAGUGUCAGUGCGGUCGGGGGUAUGCUGGCCCACGUUGUGAGAUUGACAUCAACGAAUGCCUGUCCAUGCCCUGCCAGAAUGAUGCCACUUGUCUGGACCGCAUUGGAGAGUUCACCUGCAUCUGUAUGCCAGGCUACAUGGGGACAUACUGUGAGAUUGAUGUAGAUGACUGCGAGAGCAACCCAUGCGUGAAUGAUGGCAUCUGUCGGGACAUGGUCAAUGGCUUCACAUGCACCUGCCAGCCAGGGUUUACCGGCACCAUGUGUCAGAUCGACAUAGAUGAGUGCGCCAGCACACCCUGCCAGAAUGGAGCAAAGUGCUACGACAGGCCCAAUGGGUUCGAGUGCCGCUGUGCUGAAGGUUAUGAAGGGACACUCUGUGAGAGUAAUAUCAACAACUGUCAGCCUGACCCAUGCCACCAUGGUACUUGCAUAGAUGGUAUUGCCAGCUACACCUGUAACUGUGAUGCUGGCUACACUGGCUAUCGCUGUGAGAACCAGCUUAAUGAGUGCCACAGCAACCCUUGUCAGAAUGGGGGCAAGUGUGUGGACCUGGUCAACAAAUAUAUCUGUCAAUGCCAACAUGGAACUUCAGGCACAAACUGUGAGAUCAACUUUGAUGAUUGUGCCAGUAACCCAUGUGACUAUGGCAUCUGCAAAGACGGCAUCAAUCGCUAUGACUGUGUCUGCAAACCUGGCUUCACUGGUCCGAAGUGUAAUGUGGAGAUAGAUGAGUGUGCAUCUAGCCCCUGUAGGAAUGGAGGGACAUGUGUGGAUGAAGAGAAUGGAUUUCACUGCCAGUGUCCUGAGGGCUUCAAACCCCCUUACUGUUACUCUCAGGUGGACGAGUGUGGCAGCAGCCCAUGUAUCCAUGGCUCAUGCAGGGAUGACAUCAAUGGUUACCGCUGUGACUGUGAGCCCGGAUGGGUGGGGAAGAACUGUGACCUGGACAGGAAUGACUGUUUGCCGAGUCCCUGCCAGAAUGCUGGCACAUGUAUCGACCAGCUCAAUGGCUUCACCUGCAAGUGUCGCCAAGGCUUCAGAGGUAACCUCUGCCAGGUGAACAUCAACGAAUGUGCAUCCAGUCCCUGUCUGAACAAGGGUACUUGUGUGGAUGGUGUGGCAAGUUUCACCUGUCUGUGUGAACUUCCUUACAGUGGACACACUUGCGCUGAGGUCCUCACCCCUUGCUCCCCUAACCCUUGUGCCAAUCAUGCCGUCUGCACACACACACCAGACUACUUGGGCUAUCAAUGUAACUGCCAGCCAGGGUGGCAAGGUCAGUUGUGUAACAUAGAUGUGAAUGAAUGCAUCUCAAACCCCUGCAAGAACCGUGGGACCUGCACUAACACACUUGGAGGCUUCCUGUGCUCCUGCAGAGCUGGAUACACUGGGCUGACCUGUGAAACAGACAUCAAUGACUGUGCUCCAAAUCCAUGUCUCAGUGGAGGUUCCUGCACAGAUGGUGUGAACUCCUUCCACUGUAGCUGUCUGCCAGGUUUCACUGGGCCCCGCUGUGCUUUAGAAAUCAAUGAAUGCCAGAGUUCCCCCUGCAAAAAUGGAGGCACAUGCACAGACUAUGUUAACUCCUACACUUGCACCUGUAGGCCUGGAUUUACCGGCAUCCACUGCGAAACCAACAUCCCUGAUUGCACUGAAAGCUCUUGCUUCAAUGGAGGAACAUGUGCAGAUAAAAUCAACGGCUAUUCCUGUACCUGCCGCUCAGGCUUUACUGGCUCCCACUGCCAGUACGAGGUCAACGAGUGUGACUCCCAGCCUUGCCUUAAUGGAGGCAUCUGUCAAGAUGCGCUGGAGUCCUUCCGUUGCUCCUGCCCCAAGGGCUACAUGGGCAAUCGCUGCCAGACUCCAUUCGAUUGGUGUAGACGCUCAUCUCCCUGCCAAAAUGGAGGACGCUGUCGCCAAAAGGAUGCUUCCUUCAUCUGUGAUUGUACUAACGGCUGGUCUGGACGCUACUGUGACAUCCCUAGGGUGUCCUGUGAGACAGCUGCUCGCCAGAGAGGGCUCCAGACGGAUGACCUUUGCCACCACGGAGGUCAUUGUGUCAACAGUGGGAAUACCCACUAUUGCAAAUGUCCUGCUGACUACACUGGAAGCUAUUGCGAAAGCCAAGUAGACCAUUGUGAAGACAAACCCUGCCGCAAUGGCGCCACCUGCAGGGGAUAUGUGGGAGGGUACCAGUGUGACUGUAUGCCAGGCUAUACUGGACAGAACUGCGAGAUAGAGAUCAAUGAGUGCCAGUCUCAUCCUUGCCAGAAUGGAGGCACAUGCAUUGAUCUGGUGGGACAUUAUAUCUGCUCCUGUCCUCCUGGAACACUGGGUGUUCUCUGUGAGAUCAAUGAAGAUGACUGUGCUCCACCCCUGAGGCUGCGCAGUGCUCCUCCUAAGUGCCAGAAUAAUGGCACCUGUGUGGACAGAGUGGGUGGAUACCGCUGCAAUUGCCCCCCUGGAUUCACAGGAGAGAGAUGUGAGGGAGACAUAAAUGAGUGUCUCUCUAACCCUUGCAAUCCCUCCAACAGUCUUGACUGCAUCCAGUUGCCCAAUGACUACCAAUGUGUCUGCAAGCCUGGCUUCACAGGACGGAGGUGCCAGAGCAGGUUCAGUGUGUGUGAGUCCCAGCCUUGUCAGAAUGGAGGAGCCUGUUCUGUAUCCAGUAUCUCUGCACUGGGAUACACUUGCACGUGUCAGCUUGGAUAUACUGGGCCCAAUUGUGAAAGAAGCAUGUCCUGUCGAGAGCUGUCCUGCUACAAUGGAGGUAGCUGUGCACUUACCACAAGGGGGGCACGUUGCACCUGCUUGCCAGGUUAUGGCGGGCCCCAGUGUCAGCAUCGCAGUAAUGAAGGUUGCUCCUCUCAACCCUGUCGAAAUGGGGGUUUGUGCACUGAAGAAACCAGCUUCCCGUUCUUCCACUGCCAGUGUCCCAAUGACUGGACAGGUAAACGGUGUGAACUGGGCAUCAGAAUCCUUGAGCCCCCGAAACCCUCGUGCCCUCUACCAGAAUGUCAGGGAAAAGACACUGAUGGUGUUUGCGACAAGGAAUGUAACACGUUCCUUUGUCGCUGGGACGGCGGUGACUGUUCUCUAGCAGUGAACCCCUGGGCUCGUUGUACAGACCCUCGCUGUUGGCGUGUCUUCAACAACAGUCAGUGUGAUGAGUUCUGCAACAACGCUGAAUGUCUGUAUGACAACUUUGACUGCAGAAACAAAGAGAAAGUUUGCAAUCCAAUAUAUGAAACCUACUGUAUCGACCACUAUGCUGAUGGACAGUGUGACCAGGGCUGCAACACAGAGGAGUGUGGCUGGGAUGGCUUGGACUGUGCAGUGAAGGUUCCAGAACACCUGGCUGAUGGUGUCUUGGUUUUGGUUGUCCUACUGCCACCAGAGGAGCUUCUUCGCACCAGCACAGCUUUUCUGCAGAAAUUAAGUGCUAUCCUACACACUUCACUGCGCUUUCGGCUGGACAACAAUGGUGAAGCCAUGAUCCGCCCCUACACCCGCCAAGAAGCACGUCUCAAGCGGGAGCUACAGCCUCAUCAGGAGGUUAUUGGGUCAGUCAGGCAUACAGUACGCUGUACAUUAAAGCUGAAGUCUGUCAUGUACAUUGUACAUUACACUAAACAUCUGCCUUUUUCCUAUUCCUGCAGGUCGAUAGUAUACCUGGAAAUAGACAACCGUCUCUGCUCUCAGGGCUCUGUGGACUGUUUCCCUACAGCUAAAAAUGCUGCAGAGUACCUGGGAGCACUUUCAGCUGUAGAAAUGCUCCGCUUCCCUUACCCAUUAAUAGAAGCCCGUGGCGAAAAUAGGACAGACGAUGUAAUCUUACCUGAAUGGGUGAAGCUGAUGCUGGUCGGGAUAGCUUCUCUUUUCCUUUUGGUCAUCCUUGUGAUUGGCAUGUUGAUUGCUCGAAGAAAGAGAGAACACAGUACCCUUUGGUUCCCUGAGGGCUUUUUCCUCAAGAAGGAACCCAGCAGCAACAAGAACCGCAGGGAACCUGUGGGACAGGAUGCUCUGGGAAUGAAACACAUGCCAAAAACUGUGGAGGAAUCUCUUCUUGGAGAUCACAGUGACCAGUGGAUGGACUCAGACUGCCCAGAGGCAAAGAGGCUCAAGGUUGAGGAGCCAAGUAUGCUGUCAGACAGUGAAGAUGCAGUGGACAGCAGACAGUGGACACAGCAUCACCUUGCAGCAGCAGACAUUCGUGUGCCUCCCACCAUGGCCCUUACCCCACCUCAAGGAGAGUUUGAAAGUGACUGCAUGGAUGUUAAUGUCCGAGGCCCAGAUGGAUUUACUCCUCUGAUGCUGGCGUCAUUCUGUGGUGGCGGCUUAGAGCCUGAGGUAGCGGAGGAGGAGGAGAGUGAGGAGUGUUCAGCCAACAUCAUCUCUGACCUAAUCUACCAGGGCGCAUCCCUUGCUGCCCAAACAGACCGCACUGGUGAGACAGCGCUUCACCUAGCUGCCCGCUAUGCCCGUGCUGAUGCCGCCAAGAGGCUGCUUGACGCCGGGGCAGAUGCCAACGCUCAGGACAACACAGGACGUACGCCGCUACAUGCUGCAGUGGCUGCAGAUGCACAGGGUGUCUUCCAGAUUCUGAUACGAAACCGGGCUACAGAUCUUGACUCUCGUAUGUAUGAUGGCUCCACUGCACUGAUCCUGGCAGCACGGCUGGCAGUAGAGGGCAUGGUAGAGGAACUCAUCACUUGUCAUGCUGAUGUCAAUGCAGUUGAUGAAUUGGGUAAAUCUGCCUUGCACUGGGCUGCUGCAGUUAACAAUGUGGAUGCCACUAUUGCCUUGCUGAAGAAUGGUGCCAACAAAGAUAUGCAAGAUCUUAAGGAGGAGACCCCUCUGUUCCUCGCAGCUCGUGAAGGCAGCUGUGAGGCUGUGAGGGUGCUGCUGGCUCACUUUGCGAACAGAGAGAUCACAGACCAUAUGGACAGGUUGCCAAGGGACAUUGCUCAGGAGCGUAUGCACCAUGACAUUGUGCAGCUUCUUGAUGAGUACAACACAGUAAGGAGUCCCCAGGGCCAUGGUGGGGCUGGACACCACCUCAGUGGGGGACACACUCUGUCUCCUCUCAUGUGCCCCCCCAGUGCCUUCCUACCUAGUCUGAAGAACACCCCACAAGGCAAGAAGAACCGUCGGCCUGGGGCCAAGGGUUCUAGCUUGGGAGGUCAACAUGCUGCCAGUCUGAAGGAGUCAGUCAAGGCCCGCAAUAAGAAGCUGACCUUGGACAUGCAGAGUGCAUUACUGGAGAGCUCCGUCACCCUGUCCCCAGUGGACUCACUGGACUCACCGCACGGGGGAGCUAGCAAUGCUGGGUACAUCACCAACCCCACUUCCCCUGUGGCCAUGCAGUCACCAGGGCUCUACCAUUCCUCCAUGUCUGUCCCAAACACCCCAAUGGUACAUAGUAGCAUGUUGGAGGGAGGUGGCCCAUUUGCUGUGUCUCUAGCCCAACUCAAUGACCUGGGAGCUGGAGGAAUGUCAUUGCAGGGACGCGUCUCCAUGGCUUCAGAUGUCAACCAUGGCUAUGUGUUGAGUUCAGGCCAGAUGGGGAUCAACAUGGGCAUGGUCAGUCCUGUCAGUGUGCCCUUUGACUGGCACAACCGGAUGACCCCUUCCUCACAGUGUGGUCAGCAGGUGGUGAAUCUUGUGCAGAGUAGUCAGGCAGGCAUGCACCCCCAGAGCCCAGCCAUGCAGCAGCAAAACAUGCUAAUGCAUCAGCAGCAGAUCUACCGUAAUCCCAUGCUGCAGCCCACACCUGUUACCUCCACACCAACUAUCAGCCCAGUCAAGUUGCCCUCCAUUGCUGAGCAGCAGCAGCAACAACAACAGCAGCAGCAGCAGCUCAUCAACCACACCAUCACCAGCCAGCAAAGCAUGGCCCGCAUGGGCACCUCCACCCCACCAACACCCCAGACCUCCCAGCCCCCACCAUCCUUCUUCCAGCAGCAGCAGAUGCCUCAGCAACCUUCUCAGCCCCAGCCUCCUGCUCAGCCCCCACAAGCAGCCACACCAGCAGCCCAGCCCAGUCAGGCUAUGCCCUCCCAGCCUAGUGGCAGCACUGCAGGAACGGAGGAUUACCCAACCCCUCCCUCCCAGCACAGCUACUCAUCCGCACUGGAUGCCACGCCCAAGCAUUACCUCCGUUUGCCCAGUGAGCACCCCUACCUGACCCCCUCCCCAGAGUCUCCCGAGCCCUGGUCUAGCCCCUCCCCUCACUGCGUCUCCGACUGGUCAGAUUCCACACCCAGCCCAGCAGUUGCUGGCCCUGCCCAGACCCAAAUUACUCAAAUCCCAGAGCCCAAUGGCAAGAUGCAGGUGUUUGCGUGAAGAUCUCAUGGCCCCUGCAUGAAAAGGGACCUGGGGUAAAAGAAUUUGUGGACUGGCUCUUUGGCCUGUCUGUGUUUAUGUGUCAGCCUGUUUCCAAGAUUUUCAUUGGAUUUGGAUUGACUUUGUUUAUCACGAGGACCGUCUGCUAGUGAUUUCUGCAGAGAAAAAAAGUAAAGGGAAAUGUGUGUUGUCUGAAAAAACAGCAGACAAAUUAAUGAAGUAAUUCUGUCACAGAUGGACUUGUUUUUUAUUAUAAAAAAGUAUAUGAAGAAAACCAAGUCUUUCAUUUCAAAGACUUAGGGAUGCUCUCCUGGAAACUAACAAACAUUUAAAAAGUAGACGAGAAAAAAAGUAAAUUGUUGAAGGGAAUUCAUUUAUUUUUAUUUAUUGUUUUUAUCUCUCUGAAAUGCUUUUUUACUGCUCUUUCUGUCCUAAUGUGCCAGCCCCUCCUAUUUUAUACGGCCUACAUUUCUAUUUAGCCAGUAUGGCAAGUGAUGGUAAAGGAAUAUAGCUCAUCAUUCAGACCAGUUAACAAACAGAAAGAGGAAUUUUCACCUCUCUUGAUGGAUAUUUAUUUAGGCAAAGGUAAGGAUGAUAAACUGGUUCUAGAAAAUAUAUAUUAAGAGUUGCUCAGCAGUAGUGAUAUGUUCUGAUUUGAUUGAAUUGUGGUAAUUAAUUAUUUUCUAUAUGAGUAUUAUGAAUAAGAAUGUAGAUGAGUGUCUCAGAAGCACUUCAAGUGACCAGCCUCCGGGGAAAGUGUGGGUCAAAUACAACCUUUAACUACAAUGGAUAUUUAUGAUAUAUUGGGGGCAUCUUCCUCAUGACCUUUCAAAAUAAAUCAACAAAGUAAAGUUUUAGGUGUAAUGCUCCCAUUUUAACUAUAGCUUCUCAUUGAAUCUACAGGUCUCUUACCAGUUCUACUGUCAGCCCUGAUACCGACAGUUUUGAAGCUCGUUUUCAUUCACUUUAAGAAACUGUUUCAAACAGAAAAUUGUUUUGCCUAUAAAAUCAGCCUCUCACUGCCCUUUUUUGUUUGUUUGUUCCAUUUGUUUUAUACUCUGUGUAUUUGUGAAGACCAUGGAUACCUUUUUUAACAUCACUUCUGAUGUACUAAGCUAUGCUUAUCAGCUGCUAUUUUAUAUCACUCUUCCCUGUAAACAUUCCUCCAUUAUGGCUGACUGGUUGAGUCUGGAUGCUGUGCCUUUUGGCAGCAUCCAACACAGGCAAACCAGUUUACAGACAGGUAGAAGUUUAAUUUGUUGAGUCUGCAUUGUGUCCUUCACUGGACUAAAUGGAAACAUUCCUGGACUAUCUGUGGCAGUUGAGAUCUUGUUGACACUCUCACUUCAUCUCUGGUAGUGUCUGUGGUGGAGUAGUGGUCAGUGUGAGCGUAUCCCUUCUGGGCUGUGACUGCUUAUGCCCUGUCACUCCUCAGGGAGGUGUUUUAUGGCAUGCAGUGGGACGGUUCCCCUUGCAUCUACAGUGGCUUCCAGUCCAGGGGUCAUGGAGUUGCAUCUUAAGAUUACUGUUAGAAGAGACUGAAGGAAAGAACACUACUAUGUAGUGCUGCGCCCUUUAACCUUUUACAAAAUUCUGAGAUGACACCUCCCAGUCAUCCAGCUAACCUUGUGUAAUGUCUGACCAACUCUUUAUCACCACAUGACCUGAGUGUGUAGGAUAGAUGUCACCCUCUCCUUAACGUACUGAGGACAUUUCAGCAUGAAGUCAAUUGAUAACAGUAGAAUUUUGAGAAAGUAAUCACUGCAUUUUUAUCAUCGUAAACAGAAAUGAGUAGGCCACCACCUCUAGCUGUUACUUUUUUGGUGACCUAACACUGCCCCUAGUUGUGUCAUAGACUGAGUUUAUCUGUCAUUCAUUGUUUUAUCCUGUUCACUAUAGACUCAGCUUCUGUUUUUUGUUUGUUUUUUAUUUUUUAUAUAUAACUGGUCUUUCAAUUUCCCUACCAGGUCGCACUAAGUGUUUUGUACAUUUCAACCUCCCAACUUUUGUUUGUAAAUAUGUUUGUUCUGGGUAGAUCUUUGCUUGAGAUGUCUUAUGUUUCUAAAAUGAUUGUUAUGUACUAAAAAGGACAAAAAUAAAAUGUACUUCAUUUAGCAUUAUUUGAAGCUGAGGCUGUGACUGAUAUUUUAUUGGUCUUGUGUUGUUAGAACAGUCAUAGAUAUUUUCUGUCAUUAUUAAUUUCUAUACUUGUUUAAAAGUAGUUCAAAAUCAUUGUACAUAAAACCUUUCCACGGUUUUUCUUUUUACAGUCAAAAGUUGUAAAAUAAGUUACUUAUAAUAAAAACUGUAGGGAACUACA